AAGGAAAUGAAGAAGCUCAUAAAACAGAGCUGCUCGUUGUUCGACUCUUCAAACAUGCGCAGCCAUGGGAAACCGAGUCACCAACACCUUGGAUAAGUGGGGUAUAAAUCCAAGGAAACUGAGUCUAAAGAAAUCAAAAAGAACAUCUCAACCUCCAGCCCCACCUCAUCAGACCUUAGAUCCCCACAUAUAUGACAACGUGGCACCCGAUCCCCAUUACGCCAUAGUGAACAAGAACAAUAAGACGCCGGAUUCUGAUGGAUUGCACUACGCAGAAAUUCAGGUGCUGCAGUCUGAAUUCACAAGCAAACAGAGGACCGCACCUCCUACCACCUCUAGCACGGAAUAUGCAACCAUUGACUUUCUGAGAGGCACUAAUCUGAAGGAGUCUGCCGAACCUGCUGAUAUACUUAUUCCACCUGGAGAGCUGCAGGGGCUGAUGGUUAAGUCUCAAAAAAAGAGGCGUGUUUCCUCACAUCGGGGUGUCCUCGUUUAAUUAAAUAUACAUAUAUAAUUUGUGUAUAGUUUUUUAUAAAUCAAAAUUUUCUUCUUUUUUUUUUUUAAAAGAAAGAUCAAAUGUAUGUCGUAUUUGUUACACGUUUAUGCUGAUUCAUCAUUUUGAGACCUGUGCAUACUGGAUAUUCUUAAAUCUUAGACAAAAAUGUAAGAGGACAUGCUGUCGGGUGUUUUUGGUCAGUUGAUUUCACAGUAACAGUAGUGAGUAUCUACUGAUCUUAUCUCUUACACUAGGCUUCCUUUGCAUAUCUUUGCAUAUUCUGGAAACAACAAUUAGAAACAAUUAGUUUCAGGCAGCUAUUCUGGGUUCUUAUCUGCUUUAUAUUUGGAUUUAAUCUUGGAAGUGGGACAACGCCCAUGAUUGACUAGGAGGGUCAAGUUUUCCCAAAGAUAAACAUCAGUAGGGUUAAAUUUUGGCAUCUAUGCCGUAUUAUGUGCUGCUUAAUGUUUAAAAGCAAAUUAUGGAGCCCAGCCAUUUUCAUUUUAAGCAAAAUACACAGAAGGGUAUGAAGGAGCAAGGAUUAGGCUGAUUUUUUUCCAUAGUAUUGAGAUGUCACAUGUAAAAUACAGUCAUGAGCAUAAUGAACAUGACAAUAAUUUCUUUCUUCUUCUUAUUUUUUUUUUUAACUCUGUUGUCAUUUUUACCCUAAAUGCAUUUGAAGUAGAAAUAAAAUUAGGUAUUGCACAUAGAGUUUAAAUUACAAAACAUCUUCCUUGAACUUAUUUUAACUCCUUCUUUAAAUUCUCAGAAACCACAACACAUGGAAAGUUUUAAUAUACUGUAUCAUCUGUAUCUAACUCAUGAAUUUGUGAAGUUGUUGUGUAAUAAUUGAAGUGAAAUCACUGUGAAUUUUUUUAAUUACAUCUUUAUAAAUUUAACAUCAGAAGGACUGUUUAAAAAAUAUUUACAAGCUAUAUAGGUUUAAAAUUUUAUUAAAGGACAUAAAUAAAUGUAUAAAAGUUCGAUUUCUGCCUCAGGGUCUGUGUGCAUGGAGAUUUGGAGUUUGCAUGUUCUUCCCGUGCUUGGUGGGUUUCCUCUGGGUACUCCGGUUUCUUCCUACAGUCCAAUGACAUGCAGGUUUAGCUAAUUGCCGUUUCCAAAAAUGUCCGUAGUGUGCGAAUGCCCAUGUGACUGUUGACUGGAGGUCCUGCCCCGGUUGGAAAUAAAGACUCCACAGUCCCUAGCUGGACUACAGAAGUUUCUAGAUGGAUAGAUGAAGUCAUGAAUUUUUUUUUUGCAUGUGUGUGUAUAUACAAGUGCAUAUUUGUAAUUCUGCAUGCAAGGAAAGGAAAUUGUGAUUACUGUAAAUGUUUAUAAUAAAAAGGAAAAGAAGUUGA